ACGUUAUCUCGCGCACACGAACCAGCUGAACGGUGCGUAGACGCUUCGCUCCAUCCAUCAUUACGAACCCGGAGAGAUAUGGGCGACAUAGAAAUCUUGCGGUACGAGAACCGCUACCGUGAACAGGCGCUGGAGGUGCUGAGGAAAUCAUUUUUUCUACACGAAAUGGUUUGCAUCGGAGCGGAAGUGGACAGGACACCGCAGGCCCAGCGGGAUCUGGAGCAGCUCUGCCUGGAUGUGGCGAACGGAGGAGUUUCGUUGAUCGCACGACACCAGCCAACGGAUACGAUCGUCGGUGUUUCAUUUAACGUGCUGCAGACUCCCAGCGGACCGGAUGAUGGCAACUAUUUUGAGCAGUUUCGUGAUACUAAGUGCACGACCGAUAGCUCACGGUCACUGAUGCAGUACAUGAUUACGAUGGAUGCGAAGGUAAACCUGUUCGAACGAUUCAAUGUAGAGUGCCUGCUGGAGAUCAUGUUCCUAGCUACCCUGCCCGACUACGAAGGUCGCGGCAUCGGAUCGCGCCUGGUAGAGGAAUCGGUUCGACUGGCGCAGCAGUUACGUUCCGGCGAGGCCGUAGCGGCCGGGGAGUCCAAAUCUACUCCCGCCAGUACUGCGAAAAAGCCUCAGCUAGUUUCUGCCCUAUUUACCUCCAGAAUCUCACAGCGGGUAGGAGAGAAGAACGGGUUCACGGUCGUGAAUCAGGUGCCACACUCGGAGUUUGUGUACAACGGGAAAACGUAUGCGGAUCGUGUGGGGCCCGACCAUCCAUUUUCGACGCUGGUUGUGAAGCAUCUGUAGGUGGCCGAUUGCUCGCGAACUAAUAAAGACCUCCAGCCCCUUUGGUGAGAACGGGAAAUGUGACCAAUGUGCGACCUUUUU